AUGGCCAACAACGAGACGGGAGUUAUUCAACCGAUCCGUGAGAUCGGCGCCAAUUUGGCGAAGACUAACGCCCAGAGAGUGGCCAACGGUUUGCCAAAAGUGGGCUUUCAUUGCGAUGCGGCGCAGGCUAUCGGCAAAGUGGAGGUCGAUGUCCAGGACUUACGCCUCGAUUAUCUCACAAUUGUUGGCCACAAGUUUUAUGGGCCGAGAAGUGGUGCACUUUAUCGUCGAAAGGAUUCACCACUUCUUCCGGUUGUGUUCGGCGGCGGACAAGAGGAUGGCUUACGAGCCGGCACUGAGAAUACGCCGAUGAUUGUGGGGUUGGCAACGGCCUGCGAAUUGGUUCACAAGAAUAUUGACAAAUAUAACGAGCAUUUCUCCGCUCUUCAGACAUAUUUUGAGACCCAAUUGAAGAACAAAUUCAAUGAUUUAAUUUCAAUUAACUGUCAAAAGUGUCCAUUCGGUCGGUUACCCAACACAACAAGUUUGGCGUUUCAUAACUGCCAUAAUCUCAUGGCCUCCGAAAUCCUGAACCAAACCCCGAAUCUGAGGGCCUCUUUGGGCGCCGCCUGUCAUUCAUCGGAUGCCAAGGCCUCCUAUGUGUUGAUAGCGUCGGGCGUUAGCGUCGAAACAUCUCAACGGACAGUACGUCUGAGCACAGGUCGGGACACCACCAAAGAGCAGAUCGAUCGAGUUGUCGACCAAUUGUUUAAUGCCGUCAAUGUAUUGCGCUCUCAACGAAAGCAAUUAAACAAUUAG